AUGGAUCCUGUAGAAGCCGGUGAUUGGCUCGCAGGUCGACCCUUGCAACUUGUAUUCAUUUCUGGGCUGGACCCAACCAACAAAAAUCAUCACAAUAUCAUUGUAAAUAGUUUGCGACAAAAUCGCGUCGAUAAACCACCACUUCAACUUCGAAUCAUCAGCGGAGAACUCGAUUUGCCUGGAAAACGCGAAAAACAGGCAGGAGAGAAGGGAAUCUUGAGACGAGAUUGGCCAACAAAAUAUUUGGACCAGAUUCCAGCUCUCAUUGUUCUUUUCGUCGAUUUGGAUUGGAAUCAUCCAAGUUGGGAGGAGAAAAAAUUGGAAGCGGAGAGCAAAGUGGCGAGUAUUCGCAGCCAAUUGCAGCAGAAAAAUGGGACCACCAAAAUUGCACUCGUCAUGCUACAGGAAAAAUCAACAAAUAGCGAGGAUAAUUUGGCGGCUGAAAGAGCUCAUGCGCUUUGUCAGAUUUGCAGUUUGACACCAAAACAUCUUUUUGUUUUGCCGAUUCAUGGAGAUAUUCCGGUGGGUGAUUUUUGGGUGGAAAAUCUGAAAAAUUAUGAAAUUUUGACAGGAAAUCAUGAAAUUUCGGCUUUUUUUCAUCAAAAAUCACGAAAACCUGGUUUUUAGCUGCAAAAUUUGAUUUUUAAGUUAAAAAUCGAGAAAUUUCAUAAAUUUUCAGCUAAAAAGAGCUGAAAUUACAAGAAAAUUCGAAAAAUUCAUUGAAAUGAGCUUUCUACCUGAAAAAAUCAAUAAAUCUUGAAAAAUCACGAAAACCUGAGUUUUAGCUGCAAAAUUUCAUGAAAUCCCGUGAAAAAUCGCAUUUUUCAGCUGAAAAUCAAGAAAAUUGUAAUUUUUGUGUGGAAAACUUGGAAAAUUCAGAAUUUUUGGCUGGAAAUCAUGAAAUUUCGCAUUUUUUACAUCAAAAAUCACGAAAACCUGGUUUUUAGCUGCAAAAUUUGAGUUUGAACUGAAUUUUCAGCUGAAAAUCGAGAAAAUUGUGAUUUUUCAGCUGGAAAUCGUGAAAUUUCAUCAAUUUUCAGCUGAAAAUAACUGAAAUUACAAGAAAAUUCACUAAAUCUUGAAAAAUCUUGAAAAAUUCCACUAUGAGAUAAAUUUUAAGCCUAAAAUCAUGAAAAAUUUGAAAUUUCGCUGAAAUUCCAUGAUUUUCAGCUCUAAAGUUUAAUUUCUCAGCAAAACCAUGAAUUCUAGGUUAAAAACCAUGAAAUUUCACAUUUCCGGCCUGAAAAAAGCCCAAAAAAGCCCCAAUUUUUCGCAGGCCUACAUCUGCAAACUCGAAUCGGCCUUUCACGAACUUGCUCAAUCAUUUUAUCAACAAAAAUUGAAGGCAAUUCGAAGUCGAAAUAUUCCGAAUAACACGCCAAGUUUGCAUGUUCGACAAUUGUUCAAAUUGGCUUUUAUUUCUGAAUUGAGACAGGAUACACAUACUGCAUUGAGGUUGGGAAGGUUUUGGGAGGAAAUUCGGGUGAUUUGGGUGAUUUUGAGCCAAAAUUUGAGAAAAAUGGUGAAUUUUAAGCUAAAAUUUGAAAAAAAUGAUGAAUUUUGAGCUGAAAAGGUCAAUUUUAAGCUAAAAUUUGUGAAAAAUGAUGAAUUUUGAUCUAGAAAAUCAAUUUUGAUCAAAAAUUUCAGAUUUUCAGCUGAAAAAAGUCAAUUUUCGAUAAAAAUUUGUGAAAAUUUGUGAAUUUUGAGCUGAAAAAGUCAGUUUUGACUCAAAAUUUGAGAAAAAUGGUGAAAUUUGAGCUGCAAAAUCAAAUUUGACUAAAAAUUUCAAAUUUUCAGCUGAAAAAGUGAAUUUAUAACUAAAAUUUGAAGAAAAUUCAAUUUUUGAGUAAAAUUUUGACCUAGAAAAUCAUUUUUUACUCAAAAUUUGUGAUUUUCGCUGAAAAAUUUGAUUUUUCAUGAAUUUUCAGCCGAAAUUCGUGAAAAUUGGUGAAUUUUGCUCUGGAACAUCAAUUUUGACCAGAAAUGUCAGAUUUUUAGCUGAAAAUCAAGAAAAUUGGGAAGUUUUAACCCAAAAAUUGCUUCAUCUCCACAAACUACACUCUAGUUUGACCUUUGAAUAAAAAUUUCAUUUAAAAUUUUCAAAAAAAAAAACGUGUGACGUGGCAUUUUCGCCAAAAAAUCGAUAAUUUUCGAUUUUUUUCACAAAAAAAUUUAUUUUCCGAAAAUUUCGCAUUCAAAAAAUGGUGAGUUUUUCCCCACCUACAGAUUUUCAGCAAAAUUCAAAAAAAAAAUUCCAGAAAUUAUCGAUUGGCCUACGAUCAAUGCAGGGACACUUUGGAACAAUGGGAUGGAGUGGAUAUUUUUGAGUGGCGAAGUGUUGCCGGAUUGUUGAAUUAUAAGGUGAGCAUUUUUUCGAAUUCAGCGCGAAAAAUUGACCUGAAAUUCGUGAUUUUUCAUGAAAAAUGACCCCGUAAACGUGGAGCAUCGUUUAAACUACGAUACUCCACGUUUACACCUAAAAAAAAUGAUGAAAAACGAGCUUUUGGCAAAGUUUUUGAUGCAAAAAUCAAGAUUUUUGAUGCAGAAUGAGCAUUUUCAUAUAAAUUCCAUGAAAAAUGACCCCGUAAACGUGGAGUAUCGUUUGAAACUACGAUGCUCCACGUUUACACCUCAAAAAAUGAUGGAAAACGAGCUUUUGGCAAGGUUUUUGAUGCAAAAAUCAAGAUUUUUGAUGAAAAAUGAGCAUUUUUACUUAAAUUUCAUGAAAAAUGACUUCGUAAACGUGGAGUAUUGUUUAAAAUGCGAAAAACUACGAUACUCCACGUUUACACCUCAAAAAAGGCGGGAAACGUGAUUUUUUGCAUUUUCAAACGAUACUCCAUGUUUACGGGGUCAUUUUUCAUGGUUUCCGAUGAAAAAUAAUCCCGUUAACGUGGAGUAUCGUUUGGAUCUCAAAAAAUGAUAGAAAUCGUGAUUUUUUUGAAUUUUCAAACGAUACUCCACGUUUACACCGUCAUUUUUCAUGGUUUCUGAUGGAAAAUGUCCCCGUAAACCUGGAGUAUCGUUUGAAAAAUGAUUUUUCAGAUGUGCGAACUGUGUUUCCUGCACAGUACAGCUCUAGAAGCUGUCAAUCAAAUGCGAAAACAUCAAUCGAUAUUCUUCCAAUCAGCUCCUGGCAUCUAUCCAACACUCAAUUUGGCCUCAAUUGAAUUGUUGUUGUGGAAAGCGAAACAGGUACAGUCUAGUUUGACCCCGCCACAAACUACAGUCUAGUUUUCAGUGCUGGCAUUUUGCCCAAUUAUUCGAUCAGGCUGUGGUCGGAGGCCUGACGGCCCUCGCCACACUGAAUCCGGGAACACAUUUGGACCAGGCCGCCAGCAUCUACUCCACUGCAAAUACUGAAAUUUCAGCGCUCAAGAGAAGUGAGUUCAGAGCCCGUAAACGCGGAGUAUCGUCGUCACGAUUUUCUUGCAGACACACCAGUGACGUCACCAUAUCCAACACCCGAUCCUCUGGCUCCAAAUACCGUAUUCUUUGGGCAAAGACCGUGGCGAGUGGGAUUCGAUGGUCUUGCCACGCCUGAAAUUGAGGCGAGCGCGGUGAAUGCGAUUACGGUAGGUGUACUGUAGCUCUAUGUGGCUUUAAAAUGCGGAAACUACGAUGCUCCGCGUUUACACCACGGAAAAUGAUAGAAAAUAUGAUUUUCAAACGAUGCUCCAUGCUUACGCGGUCAUUUUUCAUGAUUUUUGAUGGAAAUUGACCCCGUAAACGUGGAGCAUCGUUUGAAAUGCUGAAAACUACGAUGCUCCGUGUUUACACCUUGAAAAAUGAUGGGAAAACGUAAUUUUCGGAUUUUCAAGCGAUACUCCAUGUUUACGGAAUCAUUUUUCAUGAUUUUUUGAUCGAAAUUGACCCCGUAAACGUUCGGAGUAUCGUUUGAAAUGCGAAAAAAAUCAUGUUUCCCAUCAUUUUUUGAGGUGUAAACGCGGAGCUUCGUAGUUUUAAACGGUACUCCAUGUUUACAGGGUCAUUUUUCCAGAUUUUUGAUGGAAACUGACCUCGUAAACGUGGAGUAUCGUUUAAACUACGAUGUUCCGUGUUUACAGCUUUAAAAAUGAUGGGAAACCGUGAUUUUCCGAUUUUCAAACGAUACUCCAUGUUUACGCGGUCAUUUUCCAUGGUUUCUGAUGGAAAUUCACCCCGUAAACGUGGAGUGUCGUUUAAAAUGCAAAAACAACGAUGCUCCGCGUUUACAGGGUCAUUUUCAAUGAAAAAUAUAUCAAAAUUCCCCGAUUUUUGCAGCAACGACUUGUGAUAAAUCACGAAGGUGUAAUAUCUCUACUAAGCGCCGCCAUGAGCCAAUACAAACGCUACAAUUGUAUUCGAAUGCAGAAAAAAGUGAUGCUCGAAAUGGGAAAUGUGAGCUAUGCGAACAAUGAAAUACCAAAAGCCCUGCAAUUGUGGUCGAUUGUGGCGCGAGACGCAGCAUUACCGUAUUCAAUUAGGAAAGAUAUUAUGCAUCGAGCUGUUUGGGCGAGUUAUGCAAUUGCUAGUGUUAAAGGUGAGAUUUUGGUGAGGGUUUUGGUGGAAAAAUCGAGAUUUUUGAGAAAAAUGAGCAUUUUUACCUUAAUUUCCAUGAAAAAUGACCCCGUAAACGUGGAGUAUCGUUUAGACCUCAAAAAAAUCAUGAAAAACGUGAUUUUUGCAUUUUCAAACGAUACUCCAGGUUCACACCGUCAUUUUUUAUGGAUUUUGAUGAAAAAUGACCCUGUAAACGUGGAGUAUCGUUUGAAAUGGUAAAAACUACAUUGCUCCGCGUUUACACCUUGAAAAAUGAUGGAAAAUUGAAUUUUUCGAAUUUUCAAACGUUGCUCCGCGUUUCCACGGUCAUUUUCCAUGAUUUUUUGCGAAUAAUUUGAAUUUUUCGUGAAAAAUGAGCCCGUAAACGUGGAGUAUCGUUCGAAACUACAAUGCUCCGCGUUUACACCUCAAGAAACACUAGAAAACCGGGAUUUUUGCAUUUUCAAACGAUACUCCAGGUUUACACCGUCAUUUUUCAUGGUUUUUUGCGAACAAUUUGAAUUUUUAAUGAAAAAUGACCCCGUAAACGUGGAGUAUUGUUUGAAACUAAUAUGCUCCGCGUUUACACCUCAAAAAAUGAUGGAAAACGUGAUUUUUUGCAUUUUCAAACGAUGCUCCACGUUUACACCGUCAUUUUUUGCGAUUUUUGGCAUAAAAUUUGAUUUUUUGUGAAAAAUAACCCGUAAACGUGGAGUAUUGUUUGAAACUACAAUGCUCCGCGUUUACACCGUUAAAACCGUGAUAUUUGAAUUUCAAACGAUACUCCAGGUUUACACCGUCAUUUUCUAUGGUUUCGGUGAAAAAUUUGUAUUUUUCAUGAAAAUUGACCCCGUAAACGUGGAGUAUCGUUCAAAACUACAAUGAUCCGCGUUUACACCUCAAAAAAUGAUGCAAAACGUGAUUUUUUGCAUUUUCAAACGAUACUUCACAUUUACACGGUAUUUUCCAUGAUUUUUUGCGAACAAUUUGAAUUUUUCAUGAAAAAUGACCCCGUAAACGUGGAGUAUUGUUUGAAACUACAAUGCUCCGCUUUUACACCUCAAAAAACACCAGAAAAUCGUGAUAUUUGAUUUUCAAACGACAAUCCACCUUUACGCAUGAUUUUUGCCCCGCGAAAUUCUCAAAAUUCAAAUUUUCUCCAGAUUUCGCGGCCGGAUGUAUUCAACUUCUAUGCCCAAAUUAUUCGAAGCUUCUCGAAUCAAAUUGUGAAACUGCAUUUCUCGAUUUGUUGGCAUCGCGAGUUCCGGCAGUUCCAUUUCCAAAAGAUGAUGUGAAUUUGAUGCAGGUUUGUGCCAGGGUUGCAGAAUAGGCUCCGCCCCCACAAAAAUCUGAUUUUUCCAGCUUCAAACCUAUCAACAACAAUGGCAAAAAGUGUUGGCAGAUCGCCAAUUUUUCAACAUCCAAGCUUCAAGAAUCGAAACAUUUUUAAAUGUCUACAUCUCAUUUUUGGAUCAACACAUCGUGGAAAUCAACUCGAAAAUCGCAAUCAGAUGUGAAAUUCGAAGUGAAAUCGAAAAAUCGAUAAUCAUAGAUCAAAUUCUGGUGAUUUGCAAGGCUGGAGAAUUCCAAUUCGAUCCGAUUUGUUUGGGAAAUCAAAUCGAAGUAUCCAGUUUGAAACCGGCGAAAAUUGGGGGAUUUUUGAGCCUCAAAUCAUCUGGAGCACAGCAGAAUCAAAUAGUUCAAGUUGCGAAGGUCUUGCUGGAAUUUGGACAAAAAUCCACGUCGUUGAUGUUUGGACAAUUGGAAUUUGAUGAGAAUUCGUUGAAUCGAAAUUUGCCGGUCGAAGAUGUGUUGGGAGUUGAGGUUUUGAAGUGAGUUAGGCUAAUUUUGAUCGAAAAUUUGGAAAUUUUGGGAAAAUUUGAAGAUUUUUGAUAUAAAAUUCGGCGUCAAGUCACAAAAAAACGAUGCUCCACUUUUACACCUCCAAAAAUCGAUGUUUUUUGAGGUCUCUUGAAAAACUACAACACUCCGGGUUUACACCUAGAUGAAAAUAAUGCAUUUUUUUGUGGUGUAAACGCGGAGCAUUGUAGUUUUCUUUUUCGAUUUUUUUGGAAAUUUGGCCAUACUGAAGUUCAGGAGAAAAUUAUUGAUCAAAAGGUGCUGGAUCGAGUCCGGCUCAGAGCGAAAUUCAAUUUUUUUUUUGAAUUUUUCAAUUUUUACGCCGAAAUCUUCAAAUCCACGUGGCAAAUUAUCAAUUUUUGAAAAAAAAAUGAAUUGAUCAAAAGGUGCUGGAUCGAGUCCGGCUCAGAGCGAAAUUGAAUUUUUUUUUUCAAAAUUUUCAAUUUUACGCCGAAAUCUUCAAAUCCACGUGGCAAAUUAUUGAUUUUUGAAAAAAAUUCAUUGAUCAAAAGGUGCUGGAUCGAGGCCGGCUCAGAAGCGAAAUUCAAUUUUUUUUUUUGAAUUUUUCAAUUUUUACUCGGAAAUCUUCAAAUCCACGUGGCAAAUUAUCAAUUUUUGAAAAAAAAAUUCAUUGAUCAAAAGGUGCUGGAUCGAGUCCGGCUCAGAGCGAAACUUGAAAACUUUUUUUUUGAAUUUUUCAAUUUUUACCCCGAAAUCUUCAAAUCCACGUGGCAAAUUAUCGAUUUUUGAAAAAAAAUUCAUUGAUCAAAAGGUGCUGGAUCGAGCCCGGCUCAGAGCGAAACUUGAAAACUUUUUUUUUUGAAUUUUUCAAUUUUUACCCCGAAAUCUUCAAAUCCACGUGGCAAAUUAUCGAUUUUUGAAAAAAAAAUGAAUUGAUCAAAAGGUGCUGGAUCAAGUCCGGCUCAGAGCGAAAUUUAAAUUUUUUUUUGAAUUUUCCAGAAUAACCGGCAUAAAAUCGGGCGUGAAACUCGCUGAACCCGCGCGAAUUCAAUGUCUAAUCGGCGAAGUUGCGCAAACUCGCCUAAAACUCGAAAAUAUCACCAAAAACGCGCUGAAAAACUGCCGUCUGGACUUUAAAAGGAAUGAACAAAAACAAACUGAAGCGGCGGCUGUUCUAUUUGUGGAUCAAGAUGGAAUCGAAUUGAAAUCCGAAUUUUCGCAAAAGAUUUGUGAUGUUUGGCCAGAAAAUGGUGGAUUUUUGGAGAUUGAUGUGAGGUUUUCGGCACAAUUGAUUGGGGAAUAUGAUUUGCAAUUGGAGGUGAGCAUUUUGGAGCAAAAUGAGCCAAAAAUUUGGAAAAAUCGAUAAAUUUUGACCUAAAAGUUGAAAUUUUCAUGAAAAACCAGGAUUUUUUCUGGUUACAAAAAUUUGAAAAUUAUUUUUUUUCCGAAUUUGAAGCAACCAGUUUUGGCACUGAAAAUUAGCCUGGAAUUUGGGAAGUUUUGACCUAAAAUUGAAAUUUUCAUGAAAAAUGAGCCAAAAUUUCGAAAAAAAUCGAUAAAUUUUGACCUAAAAAUCAUGUUUUCAUGAAAAACAUGACCCAGGAUUUUUUCUGGAUACAAAAAUUUGAAACGUAUUUUUGCCCGGGAAAAAAAUUUCGCGAAACAUCGGAAAUUUUUAAACCAGGUCUUCUGUAGGUUUUUUGGCGCCAAAAAAGUUAAAAAUCAAUAUUUCUAGGCCUAAAAAUUUGCUGAAAAUCCCGAUUUUCCCCCAAAAAUCUCCCCGAUUUUCCAGCUAUCCUAUGAAUUUGAAGAAAAUUCCGAAAUUCGAAAAGAGACUUCAAACAUUCCGAUAAAUGUCCUAGCAAAAGAACCCUUCCAAAUUCAAAGUCAAGUUCUAAACAUGUCCGGAAUUCCAAUGCAAUCAAUCCUAAAUCAUUGUGAUCAUAUUCUAAACGUUCAAAUCCUGUCGGCCGAUUCUUUAAUCAUCAAAUCAGUCGAAUUUCUCAUGGCCGAUGUUGUUGGAUUUGUUGAUCACAAAAAUGGUGGAGCUGGAAAUGAAUUGAAUGAUGAAGUGGAAAAAGAGGAGAUUAUUUGCUAUUCGAUUGCGUUGAGAAUUGAGGCGAAAGAGGAUGAUGGUGAAACACCGUUGGGAAGAUUGGCGGUCGAAUGGAAGAGGUACGGGGGUUUUGGGUGGAUUUUGAGCUGAAAAACUUGAAUUUUGACUGAAAAUGAUGGAUUUUGAGCCAAAUUUCAUUAAAAAUGGUGAAUUCCGGGUCCCACAGCGAUUUUUGAGUUGAAAAACUUGAAUUUUUACUGAAAAUGGUGAAUUUUAAUCCCUGAAUCAUUUUUUGCUUGUAAAUCUGAAAAUUAGGGAAUUUCGGACUAGUAGUGAUUUCUGAGCUCAAAAACUCGAAAUUUGAAAGAAAAUGAUGGAUUUUGAGCCAAAUUUCAUAGAAAUUGAUAAGUUUUAGGUCUCGCAGUGAUUUCUCGGCUGAAAAACUUGAAUUUCGGCGAAAAUUGAUGAAUUUUGAGUCAAAUUUCAUAGAAAAUGGUGAUUUUUGAUUCCUGAAGCGUUUUCUGAGCUGAAAAUUUUGAUUUUUUGUAAAAAUUGAUGAAUUUUGAGCCGAAAUUGUGGUUUUUCAUGCGAAUUUCGAGAAAAAUGAGGAAUUUUGUCCUAAAAUCGGUUAAUUAGGACUCUUGAGCCUCUAUAAUUAAAAUUAAUCAAAAAUAAUAGUCCCGCAGUGAUUUCUGAGCUAAAAUUCAUAUAAAAUUGUGAAAUUUGAUUUUUGAUAUUAGAAAAAUAAACUACACUGUAGUCUUUCCUCCCUCAUUUUUAAAAAUCAAAAAAAAAAAUCUUUUUUUUUUUGAAAAAUCAUGCUAAUUAGUUAUUAUAACUUCACAAAAACAAGCACGUGGUCUAUUUUUUUUCGUUGAGAAAACAACAACAAAAUUUUUCAAGAACUACUUGCUUUUUUUUUGCCCCAUAUAAACUACAAAAAUUCCCCCUUUUUCUCUAGAAAAUAGAAAAUUCUAGAAUUUUUUAUCCAAUUUUUCGCGCGACUGAAAAAGGAUCAGACAGGGUUAAGCCUGGGCUAAAAACUAGAGGCAAAAAAAUUGAGAGUUCAAAGUUUUGUGUGGUCCUUAAAGAAUUAUGGGCCCCGGAUUUUAGGCCUUGAAAAUUAGGCUUCAGGCCUUUUAGGCCUUGAAAAUUAGGGAUUAGGCUUUCGCUUCUCUGGGCUUUAGGAUCUAGGCUUUAGGCUUAGGGUUCUAGAUUCUCUGAGCAAUAGGCUUUAGGUUCUCUAGGCUAUAGGCUUCUCAGGCCUGGAAAAGUUAGGCUUAGACUUUCUAGGCUUUAAGCUUUCUAGGCUUUCUAGGCUUCCUAGGCUUUCCAGGGCUUUUCUCAGCCCCCAAUUUUCCAGCCAAAUUUCAUUUUUGGAUGACUUGAAAAAUUAAAAAAGUCAGAAGAACUAGAGAAUUUGGGGCAAAAGUGAAAAACAAUGACAAAAAUUAGCGGAUUGACGCAAAUCGCAUAGUGACUAACAAGUUUUGGGGCUAUUUUUGGAAUUGGAAAGGCCUGGUUUAGGCCUGAUAGAGGAAGUUGGGCUGGAUUAGGCCUGCUCUGGAAAAUAUCAGGCAUUCCAGGCUUUCAGGCUUCUUGGACUACCUUCAGGCUUAUCCUCAGCUCCUCCUUUAAGACAUUAACAUACCUGAGGCCCAAUCCAGACCUGAAAGCCUGAUUUGUCAACCCCUCAUGUCUAAAAACCUUAUUAUUUUGUGCCACUUGGUUCAUGACGCAUUUCAACACCUUUGGGAUUGCUUCCUACUAAUUUUUUAUCAUUAUCACAAGGAAAUGGGCUAUUUUUGGAAAGCACAAGGAUCGGGAGGAAAUAAUGAGACUAGAGUGUAGUUUGACAGGCUUGUUAUGGUAUCAGACACAAAAUACCGAUCUACAGUAUACCUUGUUGACUAGAGUCUAGUUUGACAGGCUUCUUUGAUGUUAUGGUAUCUUUUGUGAACAGACACAAAAUACCGAUCUACCGUAUACCUUAGGCGAACUCUUCCAGAAGCUUGUUGACUAGAGUGUAGUUUGGUCAGUCAGUUUGGUAGUUUUGUCUAGACUUUUCUUGUUUUCACAUUUUCGCCACUGGUAGGUAUAAAAUGCGAGAAAUUUGGCUAGUUUUUUAGUUUUCUCAGAUUUUUUUUGUGGAAUUUUUGGCUGAAAAUUCCUGAAAUUCACAUUCUGCUCAUUUUGAUCCGCAACAGCUUUAACAUGAGCAAUGUAUGUACGAAAAUUUUUGAUCUACUUGAAAUUGAAAACUCUGAAUUUAAUAUGAGCAAUGGAGUUCUGCUAAAGUGCGCUCCAUUGAUAAUUGUUUUUCCCCAAUUCUCAAGAAAAACUACAGGAAAUUUGAUUUUUUUUUGUCCCUCAGUCUCAGAAAAAAAUUAAUUUUCUUUCUUUUUUUGGUCGUAACUUCGUGUCGCUGACAAAAAUUGUCGUUUUGAUAUGAAAACGACGCUUCAAACGAUACUCCACGUUCACUGGGUCAUUUUCCAUCAUAAACCAUGAAAAAUGACCCCGUAAACAUGGAGUAUCGUUAGAAAAUGAAAAAAAUCAUGUUUUCCAUAAUUUUUUGAGGUGUAAACGUGGAGUAUCGUAGUUUUUCGCUUUUGAACGGAGCAUCGUUGUUUUUUGAACCUCGUCGCUGACAAAAAUUGUCGUUUUUUUCCUUAGAACGCCUGGUAGAGCCUAUGACGUGGCAUUUUGUUUUGUUGAUGAUAAUAUUCUAUUUUGGUUAAUUGCUGUUCUUCUUCUUCAUUCAAGUCACCUGGGAACACAUUUUGUUUUGUGUACAAAAACGAUUGUUUUUGAGAUUAGCGGGCAGCAGGAAUCGAACUUGCGCGGCCCCAAUAAUUUGCUCGAGGAUGAGAUUUUGGAAUUCUGCAGAAUUGGUUGGAUAAUUCCAAGAAAUAUCACGAUUCGUUUGGUAUUUUGUCAUUUUUGCGCUCGCUGAACACUUUUCGAACAUUUUUCUAAUAUUAGCAAUGUUUUCGCCCUUCUCGCAGUUCAAAAAUCAGUGAUUUUCCGAUUUCCAGACUUCCCAGCAAUUAAAUGCACUUAUUUUCUCGAAAAAUUCCAAUUCCCAGCCAAUUUUUAAAAUUGCUGUAAUUGAGUAUACAAGAUUUUGAAGGUUCAAACUUCUAGAUCAAGUUUUCUGGACUUAUCGGAACUCUGGAUGAGAAAAAGAAUAACAGUGUUAUGUCAAGGGUUGGUUGCUUGUCAGAAACAUCUCUGCUCAAGGGGCCAACGCUUGUCAGAUGAUUUUCGUGUCAAGGGUUGGCUGCUUAAGGCUCCCCCCUGUAUUUUGUUCCAAUUCUAAUUCUUCUCGCCCCCUCAUCUCUAUUUUUGCCGUAUUUUCCUGCUCUACAAAACAAAUUGUAGUCUUGUGUGUAUUUUGCAAACUACAAAACGCGCCUUUUUUCUUCUUCUCCCUACUCAUUCAUCCUUUUAUGUGAUUGGCUGACAAAUAGGAGUACGGUAGCAUUUCCGGCCGGAUUUUUGAUCAGAAGAGAAAGAUGGAGAGGAAGUUACCGUAUGUAUUUUGAAGUUUACAUAUUUCCGAUGAGUAAAAAUAACUCUGGCAAAAAUAACUCUGACAUUACUUUUUGCACCGGGAACAUUUUGGGCAGGAAUUUGUUGGCAGUUUUUGAAUCGGACCCGAUUUUGAGGGUUUUCUGAAUCGGACCAGGGUGACACCACAAAAAAAAACGGACCAGGUCCGAUUUUUUGAGAAAAACUCUGAAUCGAACCCGAAAAAUCGGACCACUUUUUUCAAAAUUUCCUGAUUUUUGCACCAAAAAAAUUGACUUUUUUGAAAAAGUGGUCCGAUUUUUCGGGUCCGAUUCAAAAUUUGCCAAAUUUGUUUCGUGAGUUUCGAAAAUACUAUUGCUCAUGGUAAACUCAAAGUUUGCCACGUGGAUUAAUAAAUUGAAAUAGUAUUGCUCAUUCUAAACUAAAUCUAACAAUUAGAAGUCCAGAGAAAACUUGUUCUUGAAGUCUGAUUUUCUCUCCGAUUUUUUGUAGUUGAAAAAAAUUGGCUGGGAAUUUUCGAGAAAAUUAUCCGAUUUUUAUUAUUAAUUGCUCUGAAAAUGUCUGGAAAACUGAGAUUUUUUGAUCUCAUACAUUGCUCAGAUUAACAUGGAUUAUUGUCGUUAGGAACAUUGCUCAUAUUAUGACCAAAUGGACAUAGCUUUGGACCAGAGAUCUAGUUUCAAUAGCUAAAAUUGAUGAUUGCUCAUGAUAAACUCGACUUUUUCUACAUAAACGAUUUCCGUGUUUUGAAGGAUCGCUCAGAUUAUUUAAGAAUUUCCAAGUCACUGGAGCUUGAAUAUUCCAAAAACAUUGCUCAUGUUAGCUUGGAUUUUGAGAGCUCUAUAAGAUGAAUUGCUCAUAUUAAACUACAAAAACCUGAAUUCUAAGAUUCUCAAAGCAUUGCUCAUACUAAACUGUUAUGUGUUUUUCCUCCAGAAACCUUGCCGAUUCAUGCCCGGUUCGUUCAGUGGUUCCACUGUGCCGUAUUCCAGUCAUCCCGUGUCCAAUCUCAAUUCAUGCCAACAUCAAAACCAGUCCAGCCAUCGUCCGCCAACCAAUCGAUAUUUGUUUCGAACUUUGCAGUCAUCACAAUGAGGUUUGUGUAGUUCUCUCGGACAAGCUCGAAAAAAAAUGAAGUGUUUUUUAGGCCAUCGAAAUCACUGCCAAUUUUGAUCUCAAUGAUGUUUUUAUGUUCAGCGGCGAGCGUAGGGUAAGUUUUUUCCCUUUUUAUUUUUUUUUGGGGCAAAAAAAAAUUAAAUUAAAUAUUAAAAUUAGUAAUUCUAGACACCGACGAAAAAAAAAGAGAAAAAAUUAUUAAUUUUAGUAAAGUUAAUCCGCUUUAAAUGUCUAAUAAGGUUGUCUGCUUGGAAUACGGUAGCCGAUUUUUGUUUUUGUUGACAAGAUACAAAAAUUUUGAGAAAUCUGGAAUUUUCAGCGAUUUUGGGAAAAUUUAGAGCUAAAGGGGGUAUUCCUUGGUCAAAAAUUGGUUCCCAAGCAAUGGUGCCUUGAUCACAAAUAUCUCUCUCAAGCAGUGGCUUCUUAUCUCCAUAGCUAGUUUCCAAGCAGCCACUCCUAGGCACCACAUCUAGCUCCCAAGCAGCGAUCCCUUGGCUAAUUUUGCUGCUCACAAUGCUUCUCAUUCCCUCAAGCAGUGGCUCCUUAUCUACAUAGCUAGCUCCCAAGCAGCCACUCCUAGACACCACGUCUAGCUCCCAAGCAGCGAUCCCUUGGCAAAUUUUUCUGCUUCCAAGCAGCCAAUGCUUCUCAUCAAACCUUCCCUCAAGCAGUGGCUCCUUAUCUCCAUAUCUAGUUCCCAAGCAGCCACUCCUAGACACCACGUCUAGCUCCCAAGCAGCGAUCCCUUGGCUAUUUUUUUCUGCUCCCAAGCAGUGACUCCUUACCCCUAUAUUUAGCUUCUCCCCAAACGCACUUACAUCAUGACUAUUCCCCCAAGUACAUCAUUUUUAUCAUCAAGUUUGAUGCAAAAAAUAGAACAAGUUCUGAUCUCGUAGUACUCCAUUAUGAUGAUAAUUAGAAUGACGUGUUCAAUUCUGAUGACGAAUUGAUCUAUUUUUGAGUCGGAAUGCGUCACAAGAUCAAACAUCCAAUUUUUACAGAUCACAUUGACUGUAUUGCCCGGAAAAUCGCGGAAAAUCAAUGUUAUUGUGAUGGCACUAAGUGCGGGACGGUUGAUUUUCCCAAGAAUCACCUUAAGGUAACCACCCUAACCACUCUUAAAAAAUCCCUAAGGUCUUUAGGAGCCCCCAAGUUGCCGAUAAUUUGCUCCAACACGCGCUUCGCACACUUCCUGCCAAUAUUUUUGUUCUGGUGAGUUUUUUUGGCUUGACGUAAGCCUUUUUGUAAAUGUGGGGGGGGGGAAUACAAAUUUUUUGGAAAUGACGAGCCUGCAGGUGCUAUUUUUGAAUUUCGGAAAUCUUGUCAAGCAGCGGAGCCUUGUGAGAAACUACUCUUGUUAAGGAGUGCUGCCUUGAAGAUAAAGGCAGGCCUCAAGCAGUGGAGCCUUGUGAGGAACUACUCUUGUCAAGGAAGGGAGCCUUGAAGAUGAACAUAUGGGUCAAGCAGCGGAGCCUUGAGAGGAUCUACCUUGUCAAGGAGUGCAGCCUUGAAGAUAUAGGUAGGGCUCAAGCAGUGGAGCCUUGUGACGAGUAUUGAGCUCAAGCAGUCAAGCCUAGGGGAUUCAUAUUUUUGUCAAGGCGCGAAGCCUAGAUGAGCUAAUCCAUAUGUCAAGCAGCCAUCCCUAGACAACUAUUUGAUCCGAAAAAUUGUUUCAUGCUCUUUUGCCUGCCCCGAACCAAAUAAUAUCAAAAUCCCCACACUAAUCUGAUCUGAAAAGCUGAUUUGAAAAAUUCGUGUGCCCUUUUCUCUCUCGAAAUCCCCCGACUAUGUUUUUUUUUCACAAGUUCGAAAAUCCUACGUACUUAUUGCCGUCAUUUGGGGACUUUUUCUGCGAUUUUUUGGAAAAAAAAUGUGGGAGUUUUUUUAAAGCUUCAAGUGCAAUUUUAUGAUUUUUCUGUCAAGCAGUCAACCCUACACGUUUUUCUCUUGUUCGCCAAGGACUCAUCCCUUGUCAACUGAUUGUUCCGACAAGUAUCCAUCCCUUGAUAUCAAGAGAAAUCCUGUUAAGCAUCCAUCCCUUGUUAACUGAUUUUUCUGUCAAGUGGUCAACCCUAGACAUCCUGUCUUGUUCGCCAAGGAUUCGUACCUUGCCAGCUCAUUGUUCCAACAAGCAUCCAUUCCUUGACAAAGCUCACAUCUGUCAAGCAGUCAUCCCUUGUCAACUGAUUCAUCUGUCAAGUGUUCAACCCUAGACAUCCUAUCUUGUUCGCCAAGGAUUCGUACCUUGCCAGCUCAUUGUUCCAACAAGCAUCCAUCCCUUGACGAAGAUCACAUUUGUCAAGCAGCCAAUCCUUGCCAACCGAUUUUUCUGUCAAGCAUCCAACCCUUCACCCCACAAAAAUCUGUCAAGUAGCCACUGCGACUAUACUAAAUCGUUGUUUUUGCUUAGUAAUUCUGAGAAAGACAAAAAGGAUGAAAAUUGUACCAUCGUCCCCUACAAAAAUCGUAUUAUAACUCCCUUUUUCUAAACACGAAAAUUCAGAAAAUGUCAAACAAAAUUCGGAUUAAUCAUCUCGCUUUUCCGGCGCAAAUUGGAAAAAAAACAUUUGGAAAAUAAUGCGAAAAACUUUUCGACGAAAAGUUCAAUUUCCGGAGAAUCCGGAAUUGAGGGUGGAUUUGAGGAGUUUUGGGGCAGACAGGAAACGAGCACACGUUUUUCCAAAGAAAAGGAAGUGAGGGAGGUGUUGUUGUUGUUGAUUUUUUGGACAAGUGAUCGAUCCUUAGAAGUUUUUUCAUGUUUUGACAAGUGUUGGUGCCUUGAGGAGACAUGAUGGUGAUAAGCAACGAACCCUUGACAUGAUUCUGGGUUGUUAAGCGGUUGGCCCUUGAGAAAAGUUUCUGAUAAACAAGGCACCGUUGCUUGACAUUCAAUAUUUUACCAAGCAGUGAUCCCUUGUCGUCAUAUUGAUGUGACAAGCCACCACCCCUUGAAAAUAUAUUUUUGUCAAGCAGCCAAAAAGUUUUCUUGGUCUUGUGACACUUUUGAAUGGUGUCUAGACCGAACAAUGUUGUUUUGACGGAAAAAUUCAUAAAAUUUGAGAUAGUUCAAAGAACUUUGCUAUGGUUUCCUGAAAUCCAGCUCAAGGGCUCGCUCCUAGACAAGAUUCUCAAGGCCUCACUCCUUAUCACAACUCAUUCUGUCAAGCAAUCACUCCUAGAUCCAACGUGAGCUCAAGGGUCCGCUCCUUGACGCCUCCAAGCUCAAGCAUCCGCUACUAUCCAAAGAUCUAUAUGCAAAUGCCAAAUCUUCUUCUUCUUCUUCUUAUCUCACGAACUUUCCGGCUGAAAAUGCUAAAACUAUAAUAAUCCCAACAAAAAAUGCCAAAUCUAUACUAAAAAAUGUGAACUCGAUUUGUAGCUCUGAACUUCAAAAAAAAUCCCCCGAAAAUGUAUGCUACAGUAAUUCCAUACCCAUUUUUUCAGCCAAAAUCCAAGCUCAACAACUCAAUUGGAGAUAAUUAA